UUUUCGGAACUUAAAAAAAAACAAAGACAAAGACAAAGCCAAAGCCAUCACCGUCGUUGUCGUUAAAACCUCCAUCAUCAUCAUCAUCGUCAUCGUCGUCAUCGUAAGUUUGACUUAUAGAGCGAAUUAACAUCAUCCAAUCCCCCCUCGGCGAUCUAUUCGAUUUAGCGAUUUUUGCCUCUCCAUGGACAUGGAAGGAAACUUCUUCAGCUCUGAUGAUGGCUCCACGGUCAAACAAAAACCUAAUCUCGUCACGGUUCCAACAGGAUCUCAAUCCAACGAAAGCAGCGGAUGUUUUGAUUGCAACAUCUGUCUAGACACAGCUCUUGAUCCGGUGGUCACUCUCUGCGGACACCUUUUCUGCUGGCCUUGCAUCUACAAGUGGCUCCAUGUUCAGCUCUCUUCUUCUUCUUCUCUCUCCAUCGAUCACCACCACCACCACCACCACCACAACAACAACAACAACAACAACAACAACAACAACAACAACAACUGCCCUGUCUGCAAAUCCAACAUCGCAAUCACCUCAUUGGUUCCUCUCUACGGAAGAGGCAUCUCUUCUCCAUCCUUUGACUCCAAGGAACAACAAGACUCGAUACCUAGUAGACCUUCUCCGUCAAACAAUCCCACCACUCCAGAUUUACCUCUGCGACAACACCGAACAAUGUCUCCAACGUUUCACAACCACCACCGAUACUCCUCCCGUGGCUUCACCACCACAACUGAGUCAACAGACCUUGCUAACGCGGUGAUGAUGAGCUUGCUGUACCCGGUGAUCGGGAUGUUUGGGGACAUGGUCUACACCAGGAUAUUCGGAACCUUCACAAACGCGAUAGCUCAGCCUUAUCAACAAAACCAGAGGAUGAUGCAGACUGAGAAGUCUCUUAAUCGGGUAUCCAUUUUCUUCUUCUUUUGCAUCUUCCUUUGCCUCCUUCUCUUCUAGUUCUCUCUUGUAUACACUUUUGUUGUAAAUAGACUGUAAAAACUCAAAGUCGCUGUGGUAUAACAACUACAUAUACACUAUUGUCCCUGUGUAUUGCAUAUCUACGUGCUUGUAACAAAUCGUCAUGAACCAUAUACAUGUUUGAUUGAGUCUCA